UUAAAUCGCUCGAUUCAUUGACUGCUAAUCUCGAUUGGCCUUUUAUGCAAAGACCCAGUUGCAGUGUGGCCUGAUAAGCCGUUGUUCAAUUGGGUUAUAACUUAUGAACAAACGCACAAAAAGAAAUAAAAAACACAAAAAGAUUGACAAACUGGCGAGUGCUUCUUGAGACUAAUACGGUUAAUCUAUAAAACCAGCAAAAGAUUAUAGCUUUAGAACACCAAUAUAAGCUAAGCAUUUGUGACUAUAUCUGCAGUAUUCGAAAAGAAGUUGUCGUCGGGUAAAGAUGUGUUGUAAUUGCUGCAGUGUGACCCAACAAAAGAUCUGGGUAUUUGGAAGUGGAACUUUUUUGGCCGUAUUUGGAUUACUAUGCAUAAUAUUAUGGCCAAGUUUCAUAGACACACAGAUUAUGAAGGCAUUGCCGUUAACGCCCACUUCGAAGACUUUUGAAAAAUGGGAAGAGCUACCCAUACCAGUUUAUGUGUACAUGUAUCUAUGGAAUUGGACCAAUGCCGAUGAUGUGUCCGCCAAUGGUGUAAAACCGAUGUUUGAACAACUUGGGCCCUAUGUGUAUAGGGAGGAACGCAAGAAAAUGGAUUUAGAAUGGCAUGAUAAUAACACAGUGACAUUUAAUCCACAAAGAACUUGGUUCUGGGAGGAGGAACUAUCGGGUGGCAAGCAAAGUGAUAUCGUUACAGUGCCUCAUUUGCCCUCUAUAGCAGCUGCAAGUCAAAUGCGCGACAGCCCUAAAUUAAUGAAAAUUUUUUUUAAUCAAGCACUGAAUUCGAAUGGAGGUUGUCUGGCAGCCACACAUACAGCAGCCGAAUGGCUUUUCGAAGGAUUUUACGAUGAAUUCUUGCACUAUGCUAAGGAACUGAAUAAUCCUUUGGCUCCAGCAAUUGAGGAUGAUCAUUUUGCGUGGUUUUUAAAUCGCAAUGGUUCGAAGGACUUUGAAGGAGCAUUUACUGUACAUACUGGUGUGGGUAAUAUCAAACAAAUGGGAGACAUUCAAUUCUGGAAAGGACAGAAUCAUACAGGCUGGUAUGAAGGUGACUGUGGACGACUAAAUGGUAGCACCACCGAUCUCUUUGUCCCCGAUGAACCGUUAGAGAAACCAUUAACCAUAUUCAUACCAGACACUUGUCGAAUUAUUAAUCUCGAAUUUACUGGGGAAAGUUAUGAAAUUGAAGGCAUUACAGGAUGGAAAUAUGAAGUGACUCCAAAUACCUUUGAUAAUGGCCAAAUAAAUGGUAAUAUGAAAUGUUAUUGCCCCCUGGAGAGGCAACCAGAUAAUUGUCCACAAGCUGGAGCCACUGACUUGAGCCCUUGUGCCGAGGGUGUUCCCAUGUUUCUGUCAGCUGAUCAUUUCAUGUAUGCCGAUGAAAGUUAUUCAAAUACCAUCAUCGGUUUUCAACCAGACUAUGAAAAGAAUAAUUUCUUUAUCAUUAUGGAAAGAAAACUUGGUGUCCCAAUGCAAGUGAAUGCAGCAGUUAUGAUUACGUUAUACAUGGAGGAAGAUACAGAUAUUGACAUUCUCAAAGGCAUUCCCAGUUUCUAUGCACCUCUAUUUACCACUGCCAGCCGAGCUGUUAUCAACAAAGAGUUGGCCAAGGAAUUAAAGUUGGCACUUAAUUUACCCACAAUUGGACGUUAUACAGGAGUGGGUAUGUUAUGUUUGGGAUGCAUUCUAAUUGGCAUUGGCAUUAUUCUUACAUGGAAACGUAAAUGGCAUGGACAAAGUGCGGCCGAUAAGGCAGCUCUUAUACAUCAUCAGAAUGAGCCAGAAUCCGGUGGUAUACAGCAAUACCCUGAAGUUGUAAGGCAGCAAAAUUAAAUUUUUAGUUACUUAUAGUAAAUAAUCUAUGCCUAUUAUAAUAGACUUUUUUUUUUGAUAACAAGAUAUUAGGGAUUUUUUAAAACCAAAAU